AUGCUUUUUUACCUUUUUAUAUGUUUUACACAUGCAGCAAUCACAAAAAAAUCUUUGAAAGGUAAACCAAAUUAAUAACAACCUCUUAGACUUAUAUAGCAAGUAUUUAACAAUUGAUUUUGAUGUUGAAAGUGGGUCUGCUUCAGGGUUAUCUAAAGAAAAGAAUAACAUGUUUUAUUAAUUAGUAUACUAAAAAGGGCUUAAUGAGUAAACAAUCACAAAAGACCAUACAUUUUUGAUCUGGCUUUAAGGAGGUCCUGGUUGUUCAUCAUAGAGUGCAUUUUUUGAAUUGAUUGGGCCAUUCCGCAUUACAAAAUCUGAUACUGACUUUACUAUUGAAAAAAAAGAUAAUAGUUGGAACGACUUUGCUUCAAUAUUAUUUAUUGAUCAGCCUUUUGAAACUGGGUUUAGUUAAGGAGAAAUACUAAUUAAUUCAACAUUACAAGCUUCAACCNUAUUCUAUAUUAUUAAUAUAAUGCGAUGGUCUAAGUAACUUAUUUUCAUUAGAACUAAACACUAAUCUCUAAAACAAACAUUUUCUAGAACUAAUGGGGACUUUUAUUUAGAAUUCCAUUAUUUUUUUUUUCGAAAUUGUAUCUAGAUUUUAUGUAAAUAACUGUAUAAAACAAAAUGA